AUGGCGAACCCUUUCCUGAUGGAUGAUGAAGCACUCGGGGACAGCGAUCCAACACCGAACCCGUUUCUGUUCGGGGAUGAUGGUCCGGUGGCCGACGAGUCGGACAAUCCGUUUUUCGCGCAGGGCGGUGGAUGCAACCCGUUUGCGGACUUUGGUACAGGAGGUGAUGAGGAUAUGCCGGUGGCCGUCACUGCCGCAAUAGAUCUAUUCGGUGGCGGUGAUCCAGUCGUCGUGACAUCCGGUGCGCAACUGUUUCUCGCUAGCGAUCAUGUCAUGACGUCAACGGCGGCAGCCACUGGUGUUACGGGUGGCCUGCCGGACCAAACGAUGGGUGCGCCGAACGGUGGCGUCAACGCUAACUUUUUCCACACCACAAUCAACGAAGAGGAUGAUCUGAUCAUUCCGAAGCCAACGCACCUGCAUUUGGGUUCGAACACCACGGCUGCUCUAAUGGAUCCGGAUGGUGGAGUCGGGCUAUACGAGGAUGAUGGUGCAAGACCGCAUAAACCGGUACCGCCCCGUCCGAUACCACCCUCGCACGCCACCCAGCAGCUGAUCAGUUCGAUCGCGGACCAGCUGGACCAAACCAGCACUAACCUGUUGCAGAAGAUACCGGUAACACGUACGCCCAGCCCGGUUUCUAUGCGUGAUCUCCAUUCGCCCAGCCCUACGCCGGGAGAUUACUGUGAUCUGAUGCCGGGUAGUGCGGGAGAUCCGGCCUCCACCAUCAAUACCGCCGGUGACAAUCCAUUUGCGGAUGAACCACCCGCGCACAGUGGUGGCACCAUGGCGGUCGUGCAGAAACCACCCCGCCCAAGACCACCACCACCACGGCCGGCACCGCCAAAAAGUUCGCUGGCAUCCUCACCGGUUAAUCCGCAACAGGUUGCAACAGCGCAAGAGCCAGAUUUGUUCGAUUUGUUCGGUACGGGACCGACGCCGAAACCGGCGGCUCCACCUAAGCCACCUGCACCUAAAACGAAGGAAGACAUUCUGUCGUUAUUCUCGCAACCUGCACAACCGACUACGGCCGCCAUGGCACCGAGACCCUCCCAACCGGAUCUGCUCAGUGACGAUCUGGACGAUCUGCUCGGUGGGAUGUCGGCAGCAACCGGUGCCGGACCGGAGGCAGCCUUCGUUCCAAACUUGGCGGAAAAUCUGGCUACCGUUGUGCAGCCUUUGGUGCCAGUUACACCUGCCGCAGUUCCACCACCAAAGCCUCCACCACCGGCGAUCGUGAAACAGCAUCAGCAUCCACCGCAGGAAGUACCAGUGCAGGAAGAGUCACUGCAAGAGGAGUUAUCACUGCAAGAGGAAUAUUCGCAACCGGAAAGCUUCGUGGAGCCGUCACCUGAGAUCGUGCUGGAAGUGGCACCGGCAUCUGAUCCGAGUGAUGCGAUGCGUUCGGAGGUAUCGUCUGAGUACAGUCCGACCGGCUCGAAUAUCACUUCCGGUAACAUUCCCAGCUCGGUGUCGGGCAGUAUCGUCAACCUGCCGACCGCACCUCACGGCGGUAUGGAGAUGGAGAUGAAUAUGGCACCGGAAGAUCUGCAUGAUCCGGUGAGCGGUGGUGUACCAGUAAUACCAGCCGACGCCGGUGUUGAUUACAAUCAUGUGGAGCAGCACCACCACCAGCAGCCAGCACUAUUCGACGAGCCGGAUAGCACUGUGGCGCAGUAUUACGGCGAGACGUUACAGGAUCAAUUGAUAGGUGGCGACACUAAUGACAGCACCACGGUGAACCCCUUCGCCAUGGUAGACGACGACGAGCCAGUAACGAUGGCACCGGUUGACAGUGGGCUAGGCUAUGCGAACGAGCUGUUCGGAGCGACCAACUUAGCGAACAACAACAACACGAUGGUGACGCACUCACCUGAACCGGAUGCGUUCGAUUCGUUCGCGGCCAAGUUCGAGGGUAAGCAGAUUGGCGUUAGUGUCGGUGGUGUAGCAACGGGUGCGACGGGACGGGCAGAGAACAUCUUCCUCGACGACAGUGAUCUUGGUGGAGGUACUAAUGUCGCCGAUCUGGACGCUUUCGGUGGAGAUGCCUGGGGCACUGGAGCACCUACUGGAGGUGGUGGUUUCGACGAUUUGAAGGGCGAUGGAUUCGGUAACGAUGAUGGUUUCGAUGAUCCCUUUCUGAGCAUGCAAGCACCACCAGCACCGGAGGGCACACCAUUCGGUAGAUCACAUUCACGCGAUUCGGAUGAAGGUCGAGAGUUCAACGUGGUGAUACGGCCGAAGGAAGGAGUGGAGACGCAAUAUUCUGCGCUAGCAUUAGCGCCACCUCCCAAGAGCCCACAGACGGCUUCCAUUUACUCCGGUGACUCUUCGCCGCGUGUGAAUCCGUUCGAACAUAGUGAAGAAGUUGAACCGAUCCCUGUUAGCCUACCGGAUAAACCACAGCUGGAGCGUACCGAUUCGCAGGAAACACCUCCGACGCCUCUGUUCGAUGAGGAUGUAUCACAACCGUUGGAAGAUUUCCCACGUGUCAUCUACCAUGGUGAUGGUUGGGAGAUGCAGCUACGCCAGCCGAACAAGAAGAAGAUUACCGGCCAGCGGUUCUGGAAGAAGAUAUUCAUACGGUUGGUGUAUCAGGGCGAUAGCCCGGUGCUGCAGUUGCUGAAUGCGGCUACCGAUAAGGAACCGUUCCAGGAGUUGCCUCUGCAAGCGUGCUACUCCGUGUCGGAGAUCGGUGCCCAGCAGUACGAUAACUUUGGCAAGAUCUUCACGGUCAAGCUACAGUAUGUGUUCUACAAGGAGCGACCGGGUGUGCGGCCGGGUCAGGUGACAAAGGCGGAGCGGUUGACGAACAAGCUUAGCCAGUUUGCGGCCUACGCGAUCCAGGGCGAUUACCAGGGCGUGAAGGAGCUGGGUAGCGAUCUGAAGAAGCUUGGACUCCCGGUAGAACAUGCGCCCCAGAUCUCGCAGCUGUUCAAGCUCGGCUCGAUGAACUACGAGGACAUGAAGCAGUUCUCCGUGUGCAUCGAGGAAGCACUGUUCAAGAUGAACGUGCACCGUGAUCGUGCACUGACGUACAAGACUGAAGAGGUGCAGGUGACGGCGGUGGACGAGUUGUACGUCGAGCAGGACGCAGAAGGGCAUGUGCUGAAGCAAAUCGCACGCGUCCGGUUAUUCUUCCUCGCCUUCCUCACGGGUAUGCCCGACAUUGAGCUUGGUGUGAACGAUCUGUGGCGCCAGGGUAAGGAGGUGGUCGGUCGUCAUGACAUCAUACCGGUGGUGACGGAGGAGUGGAUCCGGUUGGAGGGUGUCGAGUUCCACACCUGUGUCCAGCAGGACGAAUACGAACGGAGCCGCACGAUUAAGUUCAAGCCACCGGACGCGUGCUACAUCGAACUGAUGCGCUUCCGCAUUCGACCGCCAAAGAAUCGUGAGCUACCACUACAGCUGAAGGCGACCUGGUGCGUGACUGGCAACAAGGUGGAGCUGCGGGCGGAUGUACUCGUUCCCGGAUUUGCUUCCCGAAAACUUGGCCAGAUACCGUGCGAAGACGUUUCGAUACGUUUUCCUAUUCCUGAAUGUUGGAUCUAUCUGUUUCGCGUAGAGAAACAUUUCAGAUAUGGUUCGGUAAAAUCGGCCCAUCGACGUACGGGUAAGAUUAAGGGCAUCGAGCGUAUCCUGGGCACCGUUGAUACGCUGCAGGAGUCAUUGAUUGAGGUAACGUCCGGACAGGCGAAAUACGAACAUCAUCAUCGCGCGAUCGUGUGGCGAUGUCCGCGACUGCCGAAGGAAGGUCAGGGUGCCUACACGACGCAUCAGCUCGUCUGCCGGAUGGCACUCACCAGCUUCGAUCAGAUCCCGGAGCAGCUCGCACCGUACGCUUACGUCGAGUUUACGAUGCCCGCAACGCAGGCUUCCCACACGACGGUUCGCUCGGUAAGUGUGCAGGAUUCGGAGAGCGAUGAGCCACCGGAAAAGUAUGUGCGCUAUCUCGCCCGCCAUGAAUACCGUGUUGGCAUCGAACAUACUACAGGAGAGUCGAUGAAUCCCUAUCUAGCGGCGACCACCGUUACGAAGCAACCUAUCCAGGAGGAACAACCGAUGGCGACCACACCGAUUGCACCGAGCGAUUCGGAUUCCGAUUCAAACUAA